AUGAGAGCCCACAGUGGAGAAAAACCUUUCAAAUGUAACCAAUGUGGGAAAGCCUACAGUUCAAGUUCUUACCUUACACGGCACAAAAGAAUUCACACUGGGGAGAAGCCCUAUGAAUGCCGUGAUUGUGGAAAAACCUUCAGAGAUAGUUCACUUCUCAAACAACAUGAAGGAACCCAUUCAAAGAACAAACCCUACAAAUGUAAUCAGUGCAGCAAGACCUUCAGUAGAAACUCUAGGCUUACCACGCAUAAGGUAAUACAUACCAGAGAGAAGCCCUAUGUCUGCGACGAUUGUGGGAAAACCUUCAGUAUUCUUUCAUACCUUACAAGACAUAAGAGAAUUCACUCGAGAGAGAAGUCCAUUGAGUGUAGCCACUGUGGAAAAGCAUUAAGUAGUCUGUCAUCCCUGAAGGCACACCUGCGGAUACAUACUGGUGAGAAGCCUUACAAAUGUGAUCAGUGUGGGAGGACUUUUAGAAUGAGCUGUAAUCUUAAUGUGCACAAGAGAAUGCAUGCUGGAAAGAAACCAUGUAUGUGCAAUGACUGUGGGAAAGCCUUCAGGGAUCGCUCAUGCCUUAAAGAACACAUGAGAAUUCACACUGGAGAGAAACCAUUUGAUUGUAAUCAGUGUGGGAAAGCCUUUAGAUUGAAAUCUUUACUCAAUUUGCACAAGAAAAUUCACCUGAUAUCGAAACCAUAUCAGUGUAAGGAAUGUGAAAAAGCCUUCAGUGGUCCCUUAUCUUAUACGAGACAUAUGAAAAAGCACACCAGGGAAAAGAAACCCUUCAAAUGUAGUGAUUGUGGAAAAGCUUUUGCGAGGCAUGUAUCCCUUACAAUACACAUAAGAACUCACACUGGAGAGAAACCCUAUGAGUGUGAUCAAUGUGGGAAAACCUUCAGUGUAAGGUGUAAUCUUACUGUGCACAAGAGAGUCCAUACUGGUGAAAAGCCCUAUCAAUGCAAUGUCUGUGGGCGUGCUUUCAGUAAGCUAUUAACCCUUCGGCGGCAUCAUGAGAGCACUCAUGGGGGACAAAAGUCGUAG